AUGCAGUUCAAUAUCCUCUGCGUUCUGACCCUCCUUGUUGCCUUCGUGGCAUCCGCGGCCGUCCCUGAGGUCGCUCCUGAUGUCACCAGCACUCAUGGAACCUGGUUCGAUGUUGAAGACUUUGACGUGAACGAUUUCAAACUUGCUACUCGUGAUGAAGACGAUUCCAAUUCUGAAUUGGUCAACGAAGACGACGGUGAAACGGUCGAAAUUAAGGACAAGAGAUGUCAUCGCCGUGUUUGCCGUUAUAGCUCUCAGUGCUGCCACACUGAUACAUGCGUUCUGGGCGCCUGCAUGGGACCUGGAAAGUGGCCUUAA